AUGAAAACUCCUUCUCUACACUACCUGUUCACAAAGUCCCUCCGCUUAUCACAGAUUCCCUCCGAAUGGAAGCUAGCCAACAUCAUCCCUCUACACAAGAAAGGUGUAAAAGAACACGUGGAAAAUUACCGACCCAUUUCUUUGUUAAGCAUUGUCAGCAAGACUCUUGAACGCUGUGUCCUAAACCACCUAUAUCUACGCAUACAGGAAAGCGUUCACUCAGCACAAUAUGGAUUCAUUAGUGGAAGGUCAACCACAUCUCAAUUACUAUCGACACUACACAAAAUAGGGAAGGACUUAGAUAAAGGACUACAAACAGACGUUGUCUUCAUGGACAUUUCCAAGGCUUUCGAUACCGUUGACCACUCCAAACUGUCUAUCUGGCUCUCUUUUGUUGUGGUUUGA